UCAACGAUAGUGGCAUAGUCAACCGCUUGUGGACCUGCUCGGACUAGCGAGACCUGACUCCUGGUGACUCCUGUCCUGAGAGGCUGAGACAGCACCCUGGUCCCUGUGGUCCUUGGGUUGCGCCACCGCGACGCGCGCUCUCGCCGUACCUCCGUCCUAUCCGGCGUCCGCCUCCAUGGCGAGGCCCUCCUCGCCUUCCCCUCCCGCCUCGGCACGCAAGCGGUCGCGCUCUCCACCGGAGGCGGCGGCGAAGCACGGCCCCCGCCCCGCCGCGGCCGCGGCUGCCACCGCCAACGCCGCCGCUGCCUCGCCGGCGGGGUUCAUCUUUAUGUGCAACGGCGCGACGAAGCCCGAAUGCUACCGGGUGGCCUUCCUCAUCCUGCCUCCUGUCUUCCCUGGUGGAUUUGUAUUGUUGGCAUUUGGCAGGGGCCAGCAACGGAACAAAAGCCAACAACUUUGUUUUUGUGUGCAGGUCAAGUUUAAGAUUGAUGGUGAUUUCAUGCCUCUCCCUGAGAGUAGCCUAAGAAGUGCCAUAAAUGAGAACUAUGUCAAUGGGAAAUUCAACCCAGAGCUUACUGCUACACAAGUUGAGAAACUGAGGGCACUAUUUCAGCCAAUUGCUUUACUUCCUGAAUCAGCAACCCCACAUGAUGUUGAUAACAGGCCCCCAGCCCCACCUGGUGUUGAUAACUGGCCCCCACCCCAGCAUGAUGUUGAUAACUGGCCCCCUGCUCCUGGUUUUCUACCUUCUUCAGCUAACCUGGCACAACCAACUGCUUAUGCACAUCAUCCAACUCCCUAUAUUGCUCCUCCGGAUGCUAAUUCAAUGCCACCUGAAGCCUAUCCACCACCAUGUCCUUACCUGCCUCCGACUGCUCCAGGUAUGGUAACAACAACUGGGUAUGGUUAUGGAGAUGGAUAUGAAGCAUAUCGUCCAUUUCCUUCUGCGUAUCGAUAUGAGCAAGUGCCACCUUCAUGUUCUCUCAAUGCCCAAUACCCUAUGCCAUUGCAUGUCUCAGAUCCCGCUUAUUCUACUGGUCCCUACUAUGCUCCUUACCAGAAUCAUCCAUAUCCAUAUCAACAUGGUAAUGUGAAUCAUCAUUACCAGCAAAGCACAUAUGAGAGUGCCCCCUAUUAUAGUUCAGUACUGGACGUGUGUGCUUCUCAGAUUCUUCAUCAGAAUGUGGUGCACCGGGAAGUGGAUAGCGAUACUGGCACUGGCAAUGAUGGAAAGGGAGAAGGAGGAAGCACUGUUCUGGAGUCUCAAGUUGCCACUGCCGUCGGUGAUCUACACGGCGGGAGUGUCCUUCUUCCCCUUCAUCUACUACAAGACACAGGAAGUCUACAACAUGCUCAAGGGGCUUCGGCGCCAGCCCUCAAGGCGCCACGGGCGCCAAGAGUCUCCUAUCCUGGAACUGUCAGGGCGUCGGCGGGAGCCUUGACAGUCCAAAGAUGCGUCAUCUCGCCAGGCUCAUCAACUCUACGAAUGCUCAGCUGAAGGUCUUUCUGGUGGUCUAUGGCUUCUAUCUAGGGAUCAAGUAGAGGUUUCAGUUAUCGAGUCCUGUAAUUUUUAUUUCUUAGCUAUUUGCUACCACAAGCAUGUCAGGAAAAAAUUUGGUCUUGUUUGCGUUUAUGGAGACCCUCACCGUCGCCGCACAGCUUGGAUCUGGAGACAGAUUAGGCAUUUUGUAAUGAGCAAUCAAGACCUUCCUGUUAUUUGUAUGGGAGAUAUGAACAAUAUCAUGAAUGUAACUUAAAAGCUUGGCCCCAGGCCAGCGAAUCAGCAUUUAAUUUCUAAUUUCUGCUGUUUAGUUAAA